AGAAUUUUAGUAAGUCCCCAAAAAAAUCUGCCAUAGUUUUUGAAAGAUGUGGAUUAGUCCAAAAUGACUUGGUCAUAUAGAGAUUUAUCAUACAGUACAUAGAAAUAGAAAGUACGAAUUUUAUAUAUACAUAUACUCUAUUCUCUUUUUAAUAAAAAUAUCCGUAAUCCUCUGCCUAUGAAUAUUCUGCCCAUUUUUACACUAAACUUUCGUUUCGUUUAAUAUGCUUCCUUUUUGUUAUAACUGUAUAAUUUAUUUGAUAUCAAUAGUUUGACGAUAGACUUUUAUUAAAAAUUAACAUUUAUUAAUUUUCAUCAUUAAGAUAAAGCAAAAGCAAGUACAAAAGUUUUCUUAAAUAUACACAAUUCAAUAAUACUUUUUACGAUACUUUUACGAUUUAAAUGUAUCAAAUAAAAUGUAAUAUUUGAACAUUUUUUCAGUGAACUCGUUUAAUUAGAUAGCUUAUGAGGCAGGAUAGUCAGUUAUUAAACUUCAAUUAUAAAGAAUCAACCAAAACUCCAUGGUUGGUUACGAUCCGAAAGAUUCCAAGCCAAUUCGUCAGUCUCAGAAGGCGGCUGCUGGUGCUAUUAGUGGAGUCGUUUGUAGGGCAGUACUACAACCACUAGAUGUUCUUAAAAUACGUAUGCAGGUUCAAGUUGAGGAAAUAAGCAAGUCAGCUCAGACAUCGAAAUAUCGUGGAUUGUUUCAUACGUCGAGGACUAUAUUUAAAGAAGAAGGGAUAUUUGCACUUUGGAAUGGUCAUAAUCCUGCUCAAAUUCUAUCAGUAAUAUACGGAAUUGGUCAGUUUGGAUCUUUUGAACUAUAUACUAAAUCCUUGGCAACUAUUAUACCAAAGUCAUCUGAAGAAUGGCGAUCUUCUACCCAUUUCUUUUGCGGAGCACUAUCAGGAUGUACAGCAACUAUAUGCUCAUAUCCGUUUGAUUUACUAAGAACUAGAUUCAUUGCUCAAAAAAGUAAAUCUGCUUAUACUAAUAUGUUAACAGCUACGAAAACAAUCCUAGAAGUGGAAGGCUGGAGAUCUUUAUAUAAAGGUUUAUCACCAACUCUAUUACAAAUUGCACCAUAUUCUGGAUUGCAAUUUUUCUCCUAUACAAAAUUUUCUCAAAUUGCUAAAAAGGCUCUAUCUCCUAACGCAAAACAACUUGAUUCGAAAUUUCUUCCAUUGGUUGGCUUAUUAUCUGGACUUACAGCGAAAACACUAACAUAUCCAUCAGAUGUUGUAAAGAAGCGUCUUCAAGUUGUUGGUUUUGGUAAAGCAAGGAUUGGUUUAGGAAUUACCAAAAAUCACGUCAAUAUGAGAAAAUGUAUAAUUGAUAUAGCAAAGUCAGAAGGCUAUAGAGGAUUCUAUAAAGGCUUCACACCAAGUAUAUUUAAUAGACUAAGUGUAGUUUCGCCUAGGCUCUUUUCUCGAUAUCCGAUUCCCCAGCGUUCGACGUUAGAUGAUGACAUUCAACAGCAAAUGAACGAAGUAGAACAAAAAACAGGAUUUUUGCCGAAUGUUUUUAAAGCGUUUUCUCAUCGUCCUAAGGAGUAUAGAGCGUUCUUUGCCUAUUACGAUGCUGUUAUGAACGAUCCAAAUUCAAAACUUACUAAUGAUGAAAAAGAGUUAAUUAUUGUUGCUACCAGCUCAUUAAAUCAUUGCUUAUAUUGUAUAGUUGCCCAUGGAGCUGUACACAGAAUAUAUUCCAAACGACCUUUUGUAGCUGAUCAAGUGGCUAUAAAUUACAAAAGUGCAGAUAUAACUGAAAGGGAAAAGAUAAUACUAGACUUUGCUAUGGCUGUUGCGUCCGGUAAGCCUCUUGAACACAAUCAAUUUGAGGAAUUGGAGAAGAUAGGAUUCGAUAAAGAAGAUGCAUGGGAUAUUGGUUCAAUAGCAUCAUUUUUUGCAUUGUCAAAUAGAAUGGCUCAUUUAUUAGAUAUGAAACCGAAUGAUGAAUUUUUUACAAUGGGAAGAAUUCCAAAAAAUAAAUCUACUUGA